AGCGGUGAGCAGCGCUCACUGCAGCACAGUUCCACAGAAGCGCAAUGCCUCGUUUUACUGUCCACAUCAGAGAUGAGUGGCUGGCAGUGCCAUGCCGGGAUACCACCAACAGCAUCCGGUGGCUCGGACACGAGGCGCUAAAACGUUACAUGAAGAAUAAACCUGACAACGGUGGCAUCACAGCGCUGAAGGACACUCGUUUCGUUGUGCGCAGGUGCCAGGGUUUGGGUUUGCUGGACGCAGAUGACACCAUCGAGGAUGUACUGGAGGAUAAUGAUUUUGUCGAGCUUGCUAUUGAGGGGGAUACCAUGUCUCCUGACUUUAUCCCGUGUGAGCCUGGAGUUUCUCAUCUUACAGCAGCAUAUAGGGAACCCGGAGAAUACAUUUCCUUGGAUGGCAACAGCCUGACAUCGACAGAUUUGGUCAACUUAGGCAGAGGACUCUAUAAGAUAAAGCUGACUCCUGAGGCAGAAAGAAAAGUUGUGCAAUCCAGAGACCUUUUGGACACCAUUGUCAAAGAGAACAAAGUUGUCUAUGGAAUCACAACAGGCUUUGGCAAAUUUGCCCGAACUGUCAUUCCUGUCAGCAAGCUCAAGGAGCUGCAGGAGAACCUGGUGCGGUCACACUCAGCAGGUGUGGGAAACCCAUUAAGCCCAGAAAGGACCCGCAUGCUGCUCGCUCUGAGGAUCAAUGUUCUGGCCAAAGGGCACAGUGGGAUUUCUCUGGAAACCCUUCACGCCAUGAUCCAGGCCUUCAAUGCUUCCUGUCUCUCCUUUGUCCCAGAGAAGGGAACAGUGGGUGCUAGUGGAGACCUGGCACCCCUCUCUCACCUGGCCCUGGGGCUGAUGGGAGAGGGUAAAAUGUGGUCUCCCAAGAGCGGAUGGGCAGAUGCCAAAUAUGUCCUGGAGGCCCAUGGACUGAAGCCAAUAUCACUAAAGCCUAAAGAGGGCCUUGCUCUGAUCAAUGGGACCCAGAUGAUCACCUCUCUGGGGGCAGAGGCCGUGGAGCGAGCCCAAGCAAUAGCCCGGCAGGCAGACAUCAUUGCUGCUCUCACCCUGGAGGUGUUAAAGGGAACCACCAAGGCUUUUGAUAGUGACAUCCAUAUGCUGCGGCCCCACCCAGGACAGAUAGAGGUGGCCCAACGCUUCCGCUCACUGUUGGACUCUGAUCACCAUCCAUCCCAGAUCGCAGAGAGUCACCGUUUCUGUGACAGAGUUCAGGAUGCCUACACCAUGCGAUGCUGUCCUCAGAUUCACGGAGUCGCCAAUGACACAAUAAAAUUUGUCCAGAAUAUCAUCAAUACAGAAAUCAACAGUGCUACUGACAACCCUAUGGUGUUUGCAGAAAGAGGUGAGACCAUUUCAGGUGGGAAUUUCCAUGGAGAAUAUCCAGCUAAGGCCCUAGACUUUUUAGCCAUUGCAGUUCAUGAGCUGGCUUCUAUCAGUGAGAGAAGGAUUGAGAGGCUGUGUAACCCCUCUCUGAGUGAACUGCCGGCCUUCCUCGUCAACGAGGGAGGACUCAACUCAGGCUUCAUGAUUGCCCACUGUACCGCUGCUGCCUUGGUUUCAGAGAAUAAAGUUCUGUGUCAUCCAUCUUCUGUGGACUCCUUGUCCACUAGUGCUGCCACAGAGGACCAUGUGUCUAUGGGAGGAUGGGCUGCCAGGAAGGCCCUGAGGGUAGUAGAACAUGUGGAGCAAGUUCUUGCUAUAGAGCUGCUGGCAGCCUGUCAGGGUAUCGAGUUCCUCCGCCCACUUCGUACCACCACUCCACUGGAGAAGGUCUAUGAACUUGUGCGCAGUGUUGUCAAACCGUGGAUUAAAGACAGAUUCAUGUCUCCAGACAUUGAAGCUGUUCACCGUCUCCUACUUGACCAGAAGGUGUGGAAUGUGGCCAAACCUUAUAUUGACAAGUAUAAGACAGAGUACAUCCCUGAGUCCCGUCCCGUCUCUCCGACCGCCUUCUCUCUGGAGUCUCCAGCAUCGCCAAGGAAGCGUGUCCGCCAUGAGUGAAUGCGUGUCUAAAAAAAAGUUUGGUUUUUUUUUUUGGUUUGUUUUGCAAUAAGUAGAAAAUAUAUUUGAAACUUUUGUGAAAUUGAAUGAAACCCAGCCAAAAUCUUUGAUUGAAGAUCGAAGAUUGAUUUGAGGAUGCAAUGUUGUUUCGACCCUUGUAGACAAAGUUUAUGCUUUGAUUUCUGACAUUUAAGCUUUUAAUCCUUGAGGAUAUGUUGGUAACUUAAGAAAUGGGUAUACUAUAUAUACACACACUCUGUGGCCAUUCAAUUAAUGACCUCCAUAAAAUCUAAUGCAAUCCAAUACAACAGCCCAGCCAAAAGUUUUUCCUUUAUAAAGAUAAUAAUAGUCGGUUUUGUUUGACAAAAUCAGAGAGGUAUGAACAUAACUAUUUAUUAGUGAGGUUCAGGGAGUGUUUAGUUCUUUAAUAAUUACUGGGUGCUGAACUUGCAUACACACUGCUCUACACCACUGUGCAUUAGACUUGUAUUUAACUAAACUUUUGUUGUCCCUUUAAAAUGUAUCUAAUUUAGUUGUUAUUGCGACAUGACUACCUCAGCCAUUGUACCAUUUUCAUAUCAAAUCUUUUUUUAAUGAUGUAGCACAAACAUUACUGUGAUUACAACACAGAUUAAAACAUUUUAAAGCUACAUUCUUUAAUUGCUCGCAUGGUGAUUUUAGUCCUGCUUCUGCUCACUACAGCAAUACAAACUAUUCCACUACUAUGCAUUGUUGUGUCGUUAAGUUGUUGGGAAAAUUACCAUAGAAAACCUGACUUAUAGACUCUUAAAUUACAGAGCUCAAGAAUAGUACAAUAUGAAUGUACAACACCAUGCAGCUACAAUAUAUCAGAAAAAUGAUACCAAAGAAAACCCAGUAAAGCUUAUUAGUUAUAGGAUUUUAUAAAUCUUUAUCCAGUGCAGUUGAGCAGGUUAAACUAUCAACUGAUUUGACCAGAUGCUCCUCGUGGUGUCUAACUGAAGGCCAAGAAGAGUUCAGGCUUACAGAGGCUCUUCAACUUUGUGCUUUAGGGAAUAAUGUUAAUCUAAAAACUAUGAAUUGCAAUACCAUCUAGUCUCUAAAUUAUAUGUUAAGUUUGAACAUUAAAACUGUAGACCUGCAUGUACCAUUAUUGCUAGAGCUGCAACUACUGUAAAGAUAUUUUCAUUUUCAAAGAAUCUUCUGAAUCUUUUUUUUUUCCUAUAAAAGAACCAGAAAUAACUGAAAUGAAUGAUAAUUUACCAGAGGUGUGGGUGUUAUUCUUGCGUUAGUUGACUAUCAGUCUAAAACACAAAGAUAUUCAUUUUACUAUUUUCUAUAACAUAGAAAAGGAUUAAAUCUUUAUAUUUAAGAGCC